AGGAACUGAGGGGAACUCCAAACCACAGUCACACAGACACAUUUUAGCUGACUGAUGGAGUCCACUCAUCUAACGCUUUGGACCGUAUGAGCCUGAAGACAAGGGAGAAGAUGAUGUGCAUCAUCCUGCUGCUCAUCAACCUGACCUCCUGUGUCUGUGGAACAUUUGUAGUCAAUGUGACACAGACCUCCUAUCAGGCAGAGGAGAACCACAACAUCACACUGGAGUGGAUGUUCACCACCAAACCUGGCAGCUCCCUCCACUCCCUUUAUAUCUACUGUGAACUGUUAACUGAUCUCAGACCAUCAGUCCUGUUUCAUCUACAUGGAGGUGUUGAGGUCCCAGAGUCUCAGGAUGAACAGUUUACAGGACGAGUCCAGUGUGACAAAGACGUCCUCAGAGAGGGACGACUCAGACUUCAUGUGUCCAGACUCAGGACUGAUGACUCAGGACUGUACAUGUGUGAAGUGGACACACGUUAUGGCAGCAGCGCUGCUACAUGUCGGCUCACUGUCACUGCUGCUGAUGAGCCCAAACCUCAGAGACCAACAGAGAGUCCACAACCAGAGAGUCGAGGAAGGAUCGGCCUCUACGUUGGACUGGGACUGGCAGCAGCUCUACUGGUUGUCUGCAUCUGUGCUGUCAUAGUCCAUUUUACUAAAUUUACUGAUAAGAAAAAAACUAUGCAUCCACGGACGCUGAGAUGCUGAAUGUCCAGCAGCAGCCCUGCCCCUAACUCAACAACUCAAAACACUGCACUUUCACUUGCAGUUGCUGUGCUAUUUAAAAUGAAACACAUCCAAUCUGUUUGAUAUUUCGGUGGUAUCUUCCGAUGCCUGUUUUCAUCUUUCCUCUUGAAAAGAAUGUGAAGAAAAGUAAGACAGGUGAGCUUCCGGAAGUCCAAGUAAAUAUGGGCCUUUCAAAAUUAAAGCCAAGAGAAUACAAUAGCCAUUCUAUAACAUUAACGUUAUGCGAGCACAUACCAGGGUAACAUCUGAGGAAAAAUACACUAUAUAAAAUGUAUUAUAAUAUACAAAUUAAUAAGUAAAUAAAUACACCAAAAAAAUGGACCGAUGGAAACAGGGAUUGAUUACAUAUAGAUUAAUAUUGUGCAUCUGACUCAUCUACACAGCAUGAGUAAAGUCUUAGAUUAAUGAUUUUUUUAUCUGAACAUGAAGUUUUAAACAUCUAUCAGUCUGGUUUUAGACCCCGGCAUAGCACUGUGUCAGCAACUGCUAAGGUUGUGAAUGAUAUUGCUCAAGCACUAGACAGUAAACUUGAUUGUGUUGCCCUUUUUAUUGACCUUUCUAAGGCCUUUGACUCGGUUGACCAUACUAUCCUUCUUGAGCGUCUGCAUAAUAUUGGGCUUGAUUACAAGUCAUGUAAAUGGGUUGAGAAUUAUUUAUCUGGUAGAUCCCAAGCUGUGAUUGGUGAUGGUUUCAUAUCGGAAUUUUUAAAUAUAUACAAAGGGGUACCACAGGGUUCUGUUUUAGGACCUCUGUUAUUUUCUAUUCAUAUCAAUGAUUUUAAUUGUGGUAUCAAAAAUAGCUCAAUUCAUCUUUACGCUGAUGAUUCAGUCAUAUAUUCUCUUGCUCCCUCUGUUGAACUAGCUCUGAGUAACUUACAAGAUGACUUCUGUUGUAUCCAAAGAACUCUGACUGAUCUUAAAUUGGUUUUAAAUCCAAGAAAAUCAAAGUACAUGAUUUUCACAAAAAAACGCACUGAGCAUUUUAAAUAAGAUCAGCCUUGCUACUGCUGAUGGGACUCCCUUAGAAAGGGUUUCCUGUUAUAAGUACUUGGGUUUCUGGAUUGAUGACAAAUUGUCUUUUAAUUUACAUGUUGCGGAACCUUUAAAGAAGCUGAUGCCUUUAUUGGCAUUGUUUUAUAGAAAUAAAUCCUGUCUACCUCAGCACUGUAGAAAGCAGUUAGUACUUGCCACCUUUUUAUCGGUUUUAGAUUAUGGUGAUAUUAUUUAUAUGCAUGCUUCUCCCUCUAUUCUUAAACCACUUAAUGGGUUCAUGACCCAUCACUGCCAACUCUAUCAGAAUGUAGGCUGGACUUCCCUGGCUCUGAGAAGGGAGCAACACUGUAUAUUGUUUAUUUAUAAGGCAUUGCUUAAAAAACUUCCUCUCUAUUUAUCGAGCUUACUGAGUUUUCGAUCUUUUAACUACCCCACUCAUGCACAAAACUCACUGGCUCUUAAUAUCCCAACUGUUAGAACGGAGGUAGGAAAAAUUGCUUUUGGUUAUUUCGCUCCUCUUAAAUACACAAUACUAUACAAGAAAGGCCAAAGCAGACUCUACCUGCUGAGGUGGCUCAGGUCUUUUGGAGUGCAGGGGGCGCUCCUGAAGACCUUCUUUGACACUGUGGUGGCAUCAGCCAUCUUUUACGGAUUGGUCUGCUGGGGCAGCAGUGUCUCGGCUGCAGAUAGGAAGAGACUGGACAAGCUGAUCAAGAAGGCCAGCUCUGUCCUGGGAUGCUCUCUGGACUCUGUGCAGGUGGUGGGAGAAAGGAAGAUGACAGCAAAGCUGUCAUCUCUGAGGACUAAUGACUCCCAUCUUCUGCAGGAGGAGAUUGACCCAAAGUGUGUGAAGGAGCGCUAUCGCAGGUCCUUCCUGCUGCUGCUGUCAGGCUGCAUAACCAGCACUGCUCACAGUAGACUGCACCAUGGACACUUUAUGGACACCACAGCUGUCUGCUGUUUUUGCACAUACAAUCACUUGCACUAAAUGUGCUCCCUUUAUCCACUGCUCAUUUUCACUCACUGCUGCUCAUUAUUAUCUACUUCCUAUUAUUUUUAUUAUUAUUAUUAUUGUUAUUGUUAUUUAUCGCCGUCUCUUGUAUUUUUGUACAUGCCUAGUUUUUUAAGUUUAAAUUUGAAAUCUUUAAUCUGACUCCUUCUCCUU